GCGCGCACAGGGAUACGCACGCGCUUCGUGUUCACACGCACGACCGCGCUGCGCCGUUACACCGAUUUUUCCGGAAACCCUCCGGUAGCCGCAGAGGUGAGCCCGAGGACCGAGAUGUCGGAGCUGCCCGCGAAGAGCAGGGCCCCCCGGACCCGCGCGGCGGAUGGCGACAGCGACGUCCCGCCGGCGGAGGUAGGGAGGCGGCAGCCGGCCCCCGCGCAGCCCGAGGGGGCCAGGGGCGCCCCGGUGGCGGAGCCGGGCGGGGAGGAGGUCCCCGAGAGCCCGCCCCGACCCCGGCCCCGGCUUAGGAACGGCCCGGGCCUGGCUGCGUUCCCAGGCCCCCAGCGCGAGCCGGAGGGCGACGGGCCUGAGGUCGGGCCUGCCCAGCCGCUGUUUGGGGAGGAGGUGCUGGACGCCCACGGCGGCCGGUUGAGAGGGUUUGACGAACCCAACUGGGUGUUUAUGGACAUGUGUAGAGCAAGGGAAGUAGCCCACGACGCCAGCUGGCAAAUGCGUUACCCCAACGUCUAUCUGGAUUAUUUUACAUUUAUCGAAGAUCUCUUUGCCUCGGUGGCGCUGAGCCGUCUGGCUGCAGAACUCGGCUGCGAUAGGCUGAAAGACACAGACUAGGGAAGCGCUUUUACAUCAGAAAAGGAGGAAACUGUUUCUAGAGGAUCCUUGCGUGCCAUGCUAUUUUUGGGUUCGCUUAAGACAGUCAUUUGCCAAUUCUGCAACUAGAACACUUAAUUUUUUUAAUUAAGGGAGAAUAGAACAACUUUUGCACAAUUGAAAAAAAGAGGAAGAGUAUCAUCAAGAAAUAAUGGAAACGAAGUAGAAUGAAUCUUGGAUCUUUUGAAGCCUGUUUUCAGAAAAAUCCUGAUUGAUACAGAUUAUUUUCUUUGGAUUGUGGAAAGUAUCUUUUAUGUUCGCCUCACGAGAAAGAUUGGUAUUGACUGAACAACUUGGCGAUAGAGCCCACGGAUAUUAACCAAGAUGAGGAAAGAAAUAACUACAAGACCCAAAUUUAUAAAUUUAUAUCUGAAAAAAUGAAGACUAGGAGACCAUUGAGGAACUUUGAAAUUUCACAAUUUGUAUUCCCUUCGUGUCAUGGUCAACAAAGGCUAAUUAAUUAGUGGGAUUCAUUUUGUGUUUUCCAAGAGUACUUAAGAGGUAGAAUCAAAAUUUAAAAAGCAUAUAUUGCACGUUAAAAUAUUUUCAAGAACAUCUGAAAUAUCAGAAGGUUGUGUUUUGUUUAACUUUUAAACUUUUUAUUUUUAAAUAGGUAAAAAGAGACAAGGUAUAAAAAAAUACAGUGAAAAGUCUUCCUUACCUGUGUUCCCCAUCCACCCAGUUCCCACUAUAACCCCACAGGUAAUCGCAGUUAUUAGUGCUUUAUGUUUCCUUCCAAAGUUUCUUCUUAGAUAAAAAAGGCAAAUAUAAAUAUUAUUUGCCACCGUUUAACACAAAAGAUUUGCAGAGUAGUUCAUACCUUGGUUUUUUACUUAGCAAAGUUUCCUAAUCUUCUUUUACAAAGGUGUAUUAUUCCAGUCUGUGGAUACACCAUCGUAUAUUUAACCUGUUACUUAAUGAUGGAUAUUUGGGUUUUUCCUUUUCAUUCCUCCUGUUGAACAGUAUUACAAUGGAUGACUGACUUUGUACAUUUGAAACGUGUGUAAGAAGAUCCCCAGGAUGAAUUCCAAUGGAUCAAAGGAUAGAUGUUUUUGUAAUUUUGAUAGAUACUGCCAAAUUGUCCUCCAUCUGUUUUUUACAGAUUUGCACUUUCAUCCACAGAGGAUAUGUGCCUGUUGCUUACCCAGUGUACUAUAGUCUCAAAUUUCUGGAAUGUUGCCAAUGUGACAAGUAAAAAAAUCUCAGUCCAACUUUAAUUUCUCUUAUUAAUGAGUGAAGUUGAAUAUCCUUUGAUAUGUCAAAUAGCUUACUGAGCUCCUUCCUCAUGAACUAUCUGCUUAUAGCCUAUAUCCUUUUUUCCUAUUGAAUUAUUAGUCUUUUUCUUAUUGAUAUCCAGGAACUUGUUAUAUAUUAGAUUAGCUAUUUGUCUGCUAUGUAAGUUGCAGAGAUUUUUUUUCCCCCACUUUGUUUUGGACUAUUCUGAAAGUUUUCUUGUAAUGCAGAAGUUAUUUUUAUGUAGUCAGUUUUUAUCUUUUAUGGCUUCUUGAUAUUUAGCCAUAUUUAGAAAGUCGUUCCCCAUUCCAAGGCUGUGUUUCUCUCAGUGUAUUUUAAGUUGCAUUUUUUUUUCCCAUUUAAAUCUUUGAACCAUUUGGAAUUUAUUCUGAUGUACAGUGUGAAUUUUGCAAGAUAGCUACCAGUUGUCCCAAAACUAUUUACCAAAUAGUUAUUCUUUUUCCCCAUUGAUUUGACUUGUAUUUGGGUCUAUUUGUGGACUACCCUCUUCCAUGGUCUGUCUGACUUUUUGUGUGCUUGUAGCACACUGAAUGAAUGACCCGGCUUUGUCAUACGGUUUUAGUAUGCUUGUUCCUGUUAGCAUUUUCUUUUUUAGAGUUUUCCUGCCUAUUCUUGCUGGAAUCUAUUUCCCCAUGAACUUUAGAAUCAAUUUAUCAGGUUCAGAAAUAAGUACUUGUUUUCAUUUCUGUUAGAAGUGCAUUAAUUUAUAAAUGUAAAUUAGAUAUUACUUCUGUAUAAUAUUGAAUGUUGCUGUUCAAGAACAUGGAUACCCCAUUGAUUUCUUCCUGAAUUCUUUUGUAUCCUUCAGUAGAAAUUAGAUUUUUCUUCAAAUAGAUAGUGAUAACUGUGGCACAUCAUCUUCUUUCCACCUCUAGAGAUAAUGCUUUUAGCAUUUCCCCAUCAAAUCUGAUGCUGUUUCUCUCAGCUGAGUUAGAUGUAUUUUUGCAUGUAAAGUAAUUUUCCUUCUAUUCCUAUUUUUUUAGUGGUGGUUGAAUUGUAUUAAAGGUCUUUUCACCAUGGAUGAUUAUAUGAUUUUUAUUAGACUCAUUUCCAUGAUGAAUUCACAGAAAUUCCUAACACUACAUGUGGUGGAUUGAAUUGUGUACCCCAGUAUGGACAUGUUCUUGGUCUUGGUCUGCCUUCUGGUGGGCAUGGACCCACUGUAAAUAGGAUCUCCUGAAGAUGUUACUUCAGUUAAGGUGUGGCCCAA